AUGGUUUCUUCUCAAGCUAUGGAGGUUUUGAUGAGUGAGCUCCCGGUGGAGCAGGAGAAUCUUGUUCUCUCCGGUGCGCACAAGUCCGGUUUGGUGCUUGUUGACGUCGUCAACGGUUUCUGCACUGUUGGUUCCGGCAAUCUGGCCCCACGAGCACCUGACACACAAAUUGCUCGGAUGGUUGAGGAAUCAGUAAAACUCGCCCGUGAGUUCCGUAAGCAUGGUUGGCCGAUAUAUGGCUUGCUCGACUCUCAUCAUCCGGACAUUCCAGAACCACCUUAUCCUCCUCAUUGUAUUAUCGGAACAGAGGAGUCGAGGCUGGUCCCUUCUCUACUGUGGCUGGAAAAUGAACCGAAUGUGACGCUUAGGUGCAAGGACUGUAUCGAUGGAUUUCUUGGUUCGUUUGAUAAAGAUGGGUCAAAUGUCUUUGUGGACUGGGUCAAAGCCAACGAGCUUAAAGCUAUAUUGGUUGUAGGGAUUUGCACAGACAUAUGUGUCCUAGAUUUUGUGUGCUCAACAUUGUCUGCAAGAAAUCGUGGUUUGCUAUCUCCCCUCGAGGAUGUAAUUGUGUACUCUCAUGGUUGUGCUACCUAUGAUCUUCCUCUACAUGUUGCCCAGAAUAUCAAAAACACUCUAGCCCAUCCUCAGGACAUAAUGCAUCAUGUGGGACUUUACAUGGCCAAAGGCAGAGGGGCAAAAGUGGUAUCGGAAGUUUCGUUUGGUGCAUAG